AUAGCGUGAAUUAAACGAGGCUCUUUUCACACAGACCCGCUCGGCUUGGAGCUUGCGCGGAACGUCUCGUUGACGGGAAUUUAUUAACGCACGUUCUCGUGCCACGCGCGCGCUCCAGCUGGUUUUAAUACACACACGCGCUGUGAAUACACCCGCGCCCGUGCCAGUGCCAGCCUGACGGAACUUUAACGCUCUCAAGCCUUCAUAGGGAUAUUUAGUGUCUUAAAACAGCUGUUUCUCGUGGGUACUGAAAGGACACACUUCAGGCGUAUCAGGUGUGAAGAUAUGAGGGAGAAGCUGUUCCCGUUUCACGGCUUGCUCUUCUGCGUCUCCAUAACGCUAUUUUGGCGCACGGGGUCAGUUAGUGCUGACGCCUCAACAGAUGCCUUCAAAAACAAUAUCACCCUCUUCACACGCAUCUUGGACAGACUCCUGGAUGGCUACGAUAACCGACUCAGACCUGGGCUAGGAGAUCGGGUCACAACAGUGAAGACUGAUAUCUAUGUCACCAGUUUUGGGCCUGUUUCAGAUACUGAUAUGGAAUACACAAUAGAUGUGUUCUUUAGGCAGAGCUGGAAAGAUGAGAGGUUGAAGUUUGAGGGACCAAUGAAUAUCUUGCGUCUCAACAAUCUGAUGGCCAGCAAAAUCUGGACUCCAGACACUUUCUUUCACAAUGGGAAGAAAUCAGUGGCACACAACAUGACCAUGCCCAAUAAGCUCCUGCGUAUCCAGGAUGACGGCACUCUGCUUUACACAAUGAGGUUGACAGUGCAUGCUGAGUGUCCAAUGCAUCUUGAGGAUUUUCCCAUGGAUUUUCAUUCCUGUCCUCUCAAAUUUGGCAGCUACGCAUAUACCACCACAGAGGUGACAUACACCUGGACAAAAAAUGCCUCAAACUCAGUGGUGGUGGAGGGGGAGAGCUCCCGAUUAAACCAGUAUGACUUACUAGGACAGACUGUGGGAAAUGAGACAAUUAAAUCCAGUACUGGCGAGUACACUGUGAUGACAGCUCACUUUCAUCUUAAGAGAAAGAUUGGAUAUUUUGUGAUCCAGACAUACCUCCCGUGCAUCAUGACGGUCAUCCUUUCACAGGUCUCCUUUUGGCUCAAUCGUGAGUCCGUGCCUGCCAGAACUGUGUUUGGUGUGACGACAGUACUGACCAUGACAACCCUGAGUAUUAGUGCCCGUAACUCACUGCCUAAAGUGGCCUAUGCUACCGCCAUGGACUGGUUCAUCGCUGUGUGCUAUGCAUUCGUCUUUUCAGCUCUCAUUGAAUUUGCUACAGUCAACUAUUUCACGAAGCGUGGCUGGGCCUGGGACGGCAAAAGCGUAGUCAAUGAUAAGAAGAAGGAGAAAGCUUCUGUAAUUAAAAAGAACAAUGCAUAUGCAGUGGCUGUUGCGAACUAUGCUCCCAAUAUCACCAAGGACUCUGUCCUGCCCACCAUCGCUAAAGGCGGAGUUGCAGAAGCAGGCAAGGCCAAAACUGAAAGCAAACCUGCGGAGAACAAGAAAACCUUCAACAGCGUAAGUAAGAUCGACCGCAUGUCCCGCAUCAUGUUCCCUGUGCUCUUCGGAAGCUUCAACCUGGUUUACUGGGCCACCUAUUUAAAUAGAGAACCCGUUAUUAAGGACAUGGUCCCGUCUAACCAAUGAUGCUCUUUAGUAGCGCCGAAGAUCCAGGACUAAAGAGAAAAGCCAAAAACCAUCCAGGGACUUCAUACACUCAUUUGCUCAUGUAAGCAGUGUCUUGAUAUCCAGCCACCGGGUCACGGACUGUUGAUUGCGUCUCCUCUCUUGUCUCUUUUUUCUACCGUUUUUCUGCUGUGCUUUUCAAAUUGUAAAUAUGUAUUUAUGCAUAAAACUCUAUGCCCUGUACGGUUUCCCCUAACAUGGCUGUUCCCAUUGAGUUUACUGUAUUUAUAUUUUGCUGUUCUGUGUGUUUGUGGAUUCUCCUAAAAACAGACUUUGACCUUUUUCUGUGAUCUACUCUAGCAUAUUGUAGUGUACUGUAUAUGAUAAAGUUCUUUUAUAUAUAUAUAUGUAUAUAUAUAUAUAUAUAUAUAUAUAUAUAUAUAAAAUUUUACCUAUUUGUAAUGGUGCUUGUAAACCGUUACCAAGAUAAGUAAGAGAUCAUGUGAGGAACAGUCAAACCAUAGCGGGAGAAAAACAACAAAAAGAGAAAGAAUACCAUCUACAUGUUAGUCUCAUCUGUGCAUUUUUAAUUUUUUAAACAUAUUGUUAAUUUAAUUUAUUUCAGUAAAUCAAGAACAAAACAGUAAAUACUGUUUAAAUCAGUAUUCUGUUAAAUAGUAAAUAUUAGCAUUAAGUUUGUUUUAUUAUUGUUCUAAAAUUAAUAUCACGCAAGUAUUUUUGUGAAAGAAAAAAGAUGUCUUAAAAGUAUUUAUUCUGAACAAACAUUUCAGGAAGGGAAGUGGUAAAAAACAUGUUAACAUCGCCACUCCUUACAUAUAUAAUAUGUUUGUUUAUUUACUUAUUCAUUUCUUUUUAUUAAUUUCUAUCAUAUUAUUUAUUUUUAAUCAUAUUAUUUAUUUAUUUUGUUUGUAAUUCUGUUUUAUUUCGGUGGCAUAAUGUGGACCAAACACCUUCAAGUGCUUCAAGUAAUGCAUGUUUACCUGCUAAAAUGAAGCUUAAUAUUUUUAUAUUAUCUUUAUUUAUUUCUGAAAUAUGCUGGACUAUGAGGUUGGUCCCCGUGUAGGAUUUAUCAUGAGCAUAGAUAAUUGUAUUCGUAUCUGUGUAAUUUUAUUUCUGACAUUACAGUCAUGGAAGGAAGUAAUUGCAUAUGCAAAGCAUGCUGCAGUAUUUGUCUUGGCUGUAAGACCAAAUGGCUGAAAUGGUACAUCUAAAAUUUUGCAUGUAAUCAUCCCUUAUUCUUCUUCUUUCAGGAGGUGGUUAUUCAUUUAUUUAUUUAUUUAUCUAUCUAUCUGUCUAUCUGUCUGUUUCUAGCUUUUUAUUUGUCUAUCAGUAUUUAUUUAUUUAUACCUGGGAUUUUAAUUAAAUCAAAAUUUCAUAUUAAGUACUGCGUUAAGUUUUUUAAGUAGCUUUAAUUGUGUGAACAGAUUUGUGCAUAGUGGUUAUACAGAAAGAUGCUGGAGCAAUAAAAAAAUUAAAAUGGUGGUUGCAGCUGCAUAGAUAUGGAAUGUAAUAAUGCUUUGUAAAGGACUCAUUUAAGUGUUUCAUCAACUUGUAGAUAGUGUUGUAAUAUACAGUCAGAUAUGGAAAGUACACAUUUAUUUACUCGUUAUUAGACUGAUGUUCUUUGGGAGACAAGAAACAAUGGUACAGAUAGAAACUGUUUUGCUUUGUUCUAUUUGAUAAAUUUUACUAAAUUUGCUGUGUAGAAAAUGAAUUUCUGUAAUGUGAUAUUAUAAUUAUCCAGUAAUUUUAUUUUGACCAGUGAAUUUAGUGUCCAUUUUGCUGACAUAUGAGAUGCAGCACAUGUUGUUGGUGUUUUUUUUUCUUGUUUGUUUCUUUGUUUUUGCUUUUUAAAUCAAUAUAAUUCCCAAUCAAUUUGGAAAGUUGUCAGGUGACCAAAUCUUUUUUCAACCAACUGCUGCUGGGUUUUGCAGUCUGCUCUAAAUAGUGAUAUUUGCUCUUUCAUUCUUGUUGCUCUUUCAGAAGCUUCUUGCUGAAUAAAAAAAGAAUGUGCUUUGUG